GUGAGGAAGAAGGGAGCCAGGGAGGGGGGAGUCAGAGCCAAGUACAACAACAUCGAGACCGAGACGGAACGGAGAACGGCCGCAGCACCAACACGAAGCCCAACCCAACAGCAGCUAGCAACCUCGCACAGGCACCACCACCUCCUCCGUCGCAGCAUCAGGCCAGCAGCCGCCGGCGCCGGGCGCCGUCGCAAAGCACCCCAGGCCUUGUCCCCUCCUGCAAACGAAGCCUUCCGUGAGAGCAAACCUCGGCGACAUCGCGGCGACAGCUCCUGCAGCCCGACGAGAGGAGCUCCCGAUCGCUCCUGCCACCCACGGCCUCGCCCGCGCCUGCGCGCGCGCAGCAGAAGCAAAGUGAUUUUCCACGAUUGGCAGUGUAGUAUCAGAUUCAGAGUUCUUCUAGUAUUCUAUUUUGCAGUUCAGUUGUAGAUAUAUGGAAUUCCUUUCCUGAGAAAUGCCGUCCUCUACACCACCAUCAGUACAACCCACACCAAGCCUUCAACCAUUACCAUCUCCUGCAGUAGGUCAGAGUACUCGUAUUGAUGUUCGUGAGAUCAAGUCCAAGAUUUUUAAGAGGAUUGGGCCUGAACGAGCAAGGAAAUACUUUCAGCACCUGGAAAGGUUCUUAUCUUCUAGACUGAGCAAGAAUGAAUUCGAGAAGCUCUGUCUUGUGGUACUUGGCCGUGAAAACCUCCCAUUGCACAACCACCUUAUCCGUUCCAUUCUACAUAAUGCCAGUCGAGCUUGUGGCCCACCUGUAAUUAAUGAUCCUAAGCUGGUCAGAGGUGCCACCACUUCUGGCCAUGCAAUUGUUCCUCCUGUCUGGGACAAUGGUGGCAUGUUGAACCUAAAUGUCAAAGAGAACAAACCAUUAAGCAAAAAGGAAAAUGUACUAACCCAAAAGUCGUCACUGGAUCAUUGUGAGACUAUUAUGCUGGAGAAUGGUGUUCAUCCUUUGAGUGAUCUGAAGAGAUGUACACAAUUUCAAAAAAGUGAACAUUUGGAGCCACUUAUUAAGCGACCGCGUGUGGAGAAGGAACCAUUCAGGUUACAUAAUUCUCUGUACAGCAAUGGGUCUGCUAAGGCUUCAAGAGAAAACCUGGGACAAGAAAUUAUACACCAAUCCCAAGGUCCAGUGGAAGCACCACUUGGCAUUCAGUUACGUCCUGGCAGUUUUGGUGUGGCCCAAAUACCUUUACCCCUUGCUUCUGUGAGUUCAAAGGAUACCUCUGACACUUGUAUUGAAGUUGGUGAACUCUGUGAGACUUUGUCAGUGAAGAAGAGGAUGGACAAAAUGGCAGGGACGUCUGGGUUGGAAGGGGUCUCGAUAGAGUGUGCCAAUUUGUUGAAUAAUGGCAUUGAUGUUUUCGUGAAGCAGUUGAUUGGAUCUUGUGUUGAAUUAGUUAGAUCAAGGUCUCAACAUGGCAAACUAAGACAUGAGGCAUUGAAGCAGCAGCUGUGCCGAAAGCUAAUAAAUGGUGUAUCAGUACAUACCCAUGUUUCUGGACAGAGUUCUAUUAUACCUCCUGAGACAAAUUCCAUCUCCAUGCAGGACUUAAAGACAGUAAUAGAGUUAAACCCUUGUUUGCUUGGGAUUAAUGCAUCACUGCUACUUGAAAAGAUCAAUUCAUAUGACUAGUAGGAUGGAGCUAGUUGUGUUCAUCUUGUCACAAGAUCCUAUGAUAUUGAUGGUCUGUCUUGUUUCAUGGCUGUUGUAAUCAGGCUAAAAUUUUACUGAUGGGUGGUGGUGAAGGCAGGUGCAUUCUCUGCAGUACCCUGAUUGUUUUUCAUCUCAUCUGCGGUGCAAUCUUCCAGAAUAAACAAAUAUCUGCAUAUCUGCUGGGUGCAGUAUGAACUCAUUCAUUUCGUGCACCUAAGGACCACUAUGGCAAAAGUGCUUCAGAGAUAACUAUGUUGCUGGACUCCAAACAAAUUGAGGAGCCAUAUCACAGAUUUGAUCUGUAAGUUUAUCACAACUAAUAUGUGCUUGUGCAUUUCAACUUUUUACAUUUGUAGCAUAGAUACAGCUGUUGCUAGUUAUUUAUUUGCACUCAAUUUUGUUUCAAUGUUACAAGAAAUAGAAACUAUUUAUAAGGCAUAUGUUGAGAACACUUGUAGUGUUGAUGUAUGAGUAUAUUUUCAUCUGAACUGGUGGAAA